UAAAUACUGACAAUGUAGAAUAGUUUUUGAGGUCAAAACAAAGUAAAACUUAAGAUUUUGAAAGUAAAAUGAUCGAAAAUGGGCCAGUACGGAAAACAAGAUAAAACGAUGGAGAAUAUAUGACCUAAGUUUUGUCGGAAAAAAAAAUGACCCAAGUAAACUAAACUAUUCUACAUAAGAACAUCAUUAUCCCAAGUUUUUAACCGGUCUCUUAAAUUAAUUUUGAUUUAAAACAAAAUCAAAAAUACAUAUUAAAACAAAAGACAUCAAACUGAACCUAAACUGUGUUAAGAGAGAGAAGAGAGAGAACGCGUGUGAAGGCAACCCCGGCGUCCGGUGGUGCGUCCGAGCGCGUGCCGGCGCCGGUGGCUCCCUUUUGGUCAUUUAAGUUCAGUCCUCUGACUGUGUGCUCCGAUCUGUGGUCUCUCUCCGAUAUACUUGCGGAUCUGGGCUAGGGUUUUGCUCCGGGAAAGGCCCCGCUCGUGGUGUGCUUUGAACGGCGGUAACUCCUCUUUCUCUGGUCUUACGGGGAAGAUGUAGGACGGUGGAUCGAUGUGACAGCCAGCUUUUGAGUUCAGCGUUUGCUCCGGGAUACGGAGGCUUUUAUAGCUCCAUAGUCGCCGACUAAGCUUACGGGGGGUGGAGGCUCCCUCAGCUCCGCGCUGCCGGCUAAGACUCCGGGAAAGUGGAGGCUUUUAUAGAUCCAAUCGUCUCGGGCUUUGCUACCGAGGGGUGAAGGUUUUCCUUGCCUUGUCUCUUUGGCUUUUGGUUCCCUACAUCUGUUUUAGGGUGUGGUUUCGUUUUUUUUGUUCAUGCGGCGUCGGUUGGGAUUCGGUGGAUGAGCUCUCGUCGUAGGACGAGAGAAGCUCUCCGGUGAAAGGUGGUUAUAGUCUGCACAAUGUUUUUGCUCUGGUGUGUGCUCGAACGGUGACGGAUGAGAUCUCGUUCUGGCGAUUGAUUAUCUCCGAUAAAGAAUACACAUGAGUUAAGGCGGUUGCGGUGAAGAUGGUUAGAGGUCAUGGGUUCUGGUGUGUUCCGGAAUCGAUGAAUGAUGAUGGUGUUGGGGUGAAUCCGGUGAAACGCCGUUGAGGUCGCCGGCGUUUGAGAAGAUGAAGAGAUCGAGUGACGUGUGUCCUCUGGAUUUGAGAUCUAGACACGUGUGCUCGAAGGGUCGACGUUUGGGACGGUAAAGUUGAUCUUUAGAAGUUUGGGCCUGGUCCAUUUUCUUUCCGCUUGUGUGCCCAUUGGUUUUGGGCUUUUAGCUUUUCGUUUUAAUAGUGUGGGCUUUGUACUGGAUAUGUUUCUUGGGCUUGGCUUUUUAAUAAAACUAGUUGGAAAAAAAAAACAAAAGACGUAUCUUAUUUAGGGGAAGCAAGGGACGUUUCUUAAUGUACACGUGUCAAAUCUCCAACAAAAUCAAUCUCUCAAAAGCCAUCACCACCUCCGAUAUCCUCUUCGAUCUCCUCUCCGACGCCAUGCUUUUUGACCUCGACAUGAGGUACUCUCUUCCCAUGUACAUCUCCACCCUCCGUCUCCACGCUUCACCUCUCCGCCUUACGAUUUCCGAGCUCCGAUCACUCCCCAACGCCUCCUCCGUCCUGAUCAAUCUCUCUGUGCAAUCUUCCUCCGUCCCGACCUUCAUCGUCAUCACCUUCUUCUCACUCGUCGCAAUUGGGUUUCUCACCCUUCUUCUUCUUGGACAAACGAUUGUUAUCAGGAAAGAGAACCUGGAACUCAGCCUCCUCUAUGCAACUCUGACAGUGACCCAAAUCAGGUACGUUCUUUUAUGUACCUUCUUUUAUGGACUAAAUUGAUUGUUGAUUGGCCGAAAAUUGAUUUGAUAUGCUUCGAUCUGUGCCUGCUUGGUCUUGGAUUGUAGAUCAUAGGAUCAUUGUAGUGAAACAACUUGUUUUAAUAAUGUGGUUUUGCGAUAUUGUUGUGUUUUGUUAAACCACUGGUUAAUUACCUCAAGUUUGAUGUGUUUUGAUCUUCAGACCUUUUUAUGAAUUGAUUGGAUUAGAAAGGUGAAGCUGAUAUAUCUAUUGUGCUGAUAGAUUCAGUGGCUCUGUUACUCUCAGUGGCGGCCAAGAUUGGAUGGCAACGUUGAGGGUCCCACCUCCUGAUACUCGUUAUCAGACUGGUGCCUUCUGCAUUCCAGUUCUUGAGAAAAUUGAUCCAAAUACCAAUGUUAUUCAAGCCAUGAUUCUAGUUCCAAUGCGAGAGCUGGCUCUUCAGACUUCACAGGUUUGCAAGGAGCUUUCCAAAUACUUGAACAUCCAUGUUAUGGUCACCACUGGCGGUACCAGUCUGAGAGAUGAUAUCAAGCGGUUACAUCAACAUGUACAUCUGCUCGUUGGAACUCCCGGAAGAAUAUUGGAUCUUACCAAAAAGGGAGUGUGUGUUUUGAAAGACUGCACGAUGCUUGUGAUGGAUGAGGCCGACAAGCUUUUGUCUGCAGAGUUCCAAGCUUUUGUCUGCGGAGUUCCAGGCCGACUAUCCUCUUGAUACUCAACAGUUUACAAUGUGAGUAUGCACAUGUUCUGUUUCAUGUUACAUGUUCUUCUUUUGUUGUUUUUGUUAUUGAUUAUGGUGUGUCAUUACUUGCAUUGUGAAGAUAUACCAAAGUUUAUUCUCAUUGAUGUGUUGUUUUAUCAUAAUUUUUUUUAAGAACCCUUAAAUAA